UUUUAUCCCUCUACAAAGAGUUUCACUGUCUCUGUGAGUCAGUCUGUGAAAGAAUUUUGAGUGGAGUGGCUUUACUGACUCCUUGCCCCCCCAUCAGCGCGCGCCCAGCUGACCCGCCGUCCAAAUGUGCGUAAAAGGACUCUAUGUUUUCGCUGUCCUGUUCGGACUCGCAGCUUCAGGAGUGCUGCAGGUCAACGGGAUACGUAUCUACACAUCUGAGGAAGUUGACGCGGUCAACGGUACAGAUACUCGCCUGAAGUGCACAUUUGAGAGUUCGGCUAAGAUCAACCCCAAUCUUGUCACUGUCUCCUGGACCUUCAGACCUCUUACUGGAGGCGUUGGGAUAACGAUAUUUUACUACCAUACACGACCGUAUCCUAUUACUGAAGGUAUCUUCAAGAAGCGCAUCUCUUGGGCUGGUGAUAUCAUGGGGGGUGAUGCCUCCAUCAUAAUCCGAGAGGUCAAGUUUGCCUAUAAUGGCACCUACACCUGCCAGGUGACAAAUCCUCCUGAUGUCCACGGUCACUUUGGCGAAAUUAAAUUCCGUGUUGUCACAACAGCUUCUUUCAACGAACUUCUGAAACUAGCCAUGUUCAUCGGAGCUGGUAUCGCCGCUGUGGUCUUUUUGCUCAUAAUCAUCAUGUCCUGCAGAAGAUGUAAGAGGAAAUACAAACAGAGACAGCUGGAGGGCGACGAAGAGGCUCCCCGCAAAGAGAGGAAGGACCCCACAGCGUGCCACCCAUCAAGGGCUGUCCACCUGUACCUAUCAGAGACAUCCAUAGAGAUUGACAGUUCAGAUGGCAUGAUCUCAGACCCCAGCACCGGAGACCCAAGCUCUUCAGACGACGGUGAUGAUGAUGAUGACGAUGACGAUGAUGAUGGUGAUGAUUCUGACUGAGAAGGACGUAACAGAGACAGAAGGGCUGAUGAGAUGUCAGCAGGAAGCUUGCUGGAGGGACGCUCUAAGGGCGGCCAUGGAUUCCACUCUUCUGCCAAGCCUUGUAGAAAUAAGGGCUGCUGCAGUGAGAGGGUGAAGAUGAUGAAAAUGUGAGAAAAAACAGAGAAUAUGAGCUUUAAAAAAAAAACAUGUCAAGAAAAAUCCCUAUGUUGAGACCUCUGAAG